AUGGUGAGCGAGUCCCCGGAGCCCGGCGCGCGUGCGCCCUGGCGGCGGAGCGGCGAGGCGCUGCGCGUGAACGUGGGCGGCGUGCGGCGGCGGCUGAGCGCACGCGCCCUGGCGCGCUUCCCGGGCACGCGGCUGGGCCGGCUGCAGGCGGCGGGGUCGGAGGAGCAGGCGCGGCGGCUGUGCGACGACUACGACGCGGCGGCGCGCGAGUUCUACUUCGACCGGCACCCGGGCUUCUUCCUGGGGCUGCUGCACUUCUACCGCACCGGCCGCCUGCACGUGCUCGACGAGCUGUGCGUCUUCGCCUUCGGCCAGGAGGCCGACUACUGGGGCCUGGGCGAGGGCGCGCUGGCCGCCUGCUGCCGCGCACGCUACCUGGAGCGGCGGGUGGCGCGGCCGCGCGACUGGGACGAGGACAGCGACACGCCGAGCAGCGUGGACCCGUGCCCCGACGAGAUCUCCGACGUGCAGCGCGAGCUGGCGCGCUACGGGGCCGCGCGCUGCGGCCGCCUGCGCCGCCGCCUGUGGCUCACCAUGGAGAACCCCGGCUACUCGCUGCCCAGCAAGCUCUUCAGCUGCGUCUCCAUCGGCGUGGUGCUCGCCUCCAUCGCCGCCAUGUGCAUCCACAGCCUGCCCGAGUACCAGCCCCGCGAGGCGGCGGCCGCCGUGGCCGCGGUGGCCGCGGGCCGCGGCGCGGAGGGCGUGCGCGACGACCCGGUGCUGCGGCACCUCGAGUACUUCUGCAUCGCCUGGUUCAGCUUCGAGGUGUCGUCGCGCCUCCUGCUGGCGCCCAGCACCCGCAACUUCUUCUGCCACCCCCUCAACCUCAUUGACAUCGUGUCGGUGCUGCCCUUCUACCUCACGCUGCUGGCCGGCGUGGCGCUGGGCGACCGGGGCGGCGCGGGCGGCGAGGACCUCGGCGACCUGGGCAAGGUGGUGCAGGUGUUCCGACUGAUGCGCAUCUUCCGCGUGCUCAAGCUGGCGCGCCACUCCACGGGGCUGCGCUCGCUGGGCGCCACGCUCAAGCACAGCUACCGUGAGGUGGGCAUCUUACUGCUGUAUCUGGCGGUGGGGGUGUCCGUGUUUUCUGGCGUGGCCUACACAGCCGAGAAGGAGGAGGACGUGGGCUUUGACACCAUCCCCGCCUGCUGGUGGUGGGGCACGGUGAGCAUGACCACCGUGGGCUAUGGGGAUGUGGUGCCUGUGACCGUGGCUGGCAAGCUGGCAGCCUCGGGCUGCAUCCUUGGGGGCAUCCUGGUGGUGGCGCUCCCCAUCACCAUCAUCUUCAACAAGUUUUCUCACUUCUACCGCCGCCAGAAGGCUCUGGAGGCCGCCGUGCGCAACAGCGACCCCCGGGAGUUUGAGGACUUGCUGAGCAGUGUCGAUGGGGUGUCAGAGGUGUCUCUGGAGACGUCCCGUGAGACCUCCCAGGAGGGAAGGUCUAUAGACCUGGAGGCCCAAGCCCCCAGUGGACCUCCAGACUCUCAGGUUUAUUAAAGUCAAGGCCUGGUGUCCCCCUUCCCACACCCCCUACGGUCAGCUGAAACAGCAGAGAUCCCUCCCUGCUUACGGCGUUCAUGGUGGCGGAACUGCUCAGGAUCAUCCACCCAGGCCUGAGGAAUGAGACUGAGGGGCUACGUCUGUUCCUCCAAAAGGUCCAGGCCAGGAUAGUGUUGCCCAGAUUCCAUGAGCAACCCAGUGGACUGCAUAAAUGGACCUCCAGGCUACCCAAGAAGCAGGCAUGCGCCAAAGAGAAAGUCAGAAGGAUGCUAACCGUUCCUGAGCACCUCCAGCCCUUCACAUUCGGCCCUGAGUCAGAGGAGGAGAAAACUGAGGCUCGGAGUGGGGCCAGGACUUGCCCAAAUGUCACCCAACUGGAGGGGGUAGAGCCCAAUUUGGAAUCCAAGCUCGUUGGUCUGCCAAGACCAGUGUUCCUCGCAUGCUGUCUCUCUUCUGCCCUCACAAAGUUUGCAUGUGGCUUGAGGGGGUUCUCUGGAUCUCCAGAGUUCAUCCAUAGGGUUCAAACUCUCUAUCAGAGUUAGGGAAAGGACCAGUCAGGGGAUUCCGAUGUAGGAGUCCUGUACCUUAGCAGUGGUUCUUUUCCAGGAGUUUCCAACAAGAGUCAGCUCUCAAAGAUGAGGUCUGGGAGGAAGGAGAGGAGCUGCCUCCUUAGCUGGUGUGUAAGAUUUGCUAAGCAGUAGUCCUGCAGCUUCCUUGAGCUGCAGACUUUGAAGGGGCCCUGGUCUGUGGCCUGAGGUCUAGACCCAGCUAUCCUAGGACAUGACGUGUGAAGUGGGCACACCCUUGGCCCUGUCUCCAGAUCUCGGCCCAUCUGUCAGCUGGUCACAGUCUGCACCCCAGACGGAGAUGGAAACCAGAUGUGUAGCAGGGAAUUACUGAUUUAAAGCCAGCCCGGUUCUGAAAUGUUGGUAGCAGGGAGUUGCUAUGCAUGGACACUUGUGACCCCUGGGUUCCCCCCGUCUGACUUUGGCAAUUCUCUUCCCACCAUGCAGACCUCGAGCCCUACCUUGAGUUACUAUCCAGGCAGAUGCUGGGGACCUCUGCCCCCUUCCACCAGCUCCAGCCAUCUCAUCCUUGCUGGGGGCACAUCUCUCACACUCACCUGCUCAAUCCUCUACUUGGUGGGAAAUUUGGGAGGGAAGGAUUCCCCUAGCCUUAUUCACACACUGUUCCUAGAACACCUGUUACUGUACUGUCCUUGCCUGGCUAUGGCUCUGUCUGUCCCACCAGGCUGAGCUUCAACAUGGAAGACAUCAUCUGGUUGAACCGAGACUUGGGAGGAGAAGGUAUUUAGUGAUACUUACUAACGGAUCCACCAAUUCGUCCAGCGUACUGCGUGCCGAGUGCUGGGCAGGCAGAGGAAAUGACCAGCAGAGAGGUCUUGCCCUUGAGAGGCUGUAGACAAGAGUGAGCAGAAGAUUCUCCUGGUUCUCCCCCGCCAUUCUUCUUACAUUAUGAGGCUUUUACAGUGAUUUCCUUGUAGGUUCUUCACUCAUUCGUUCAACAACUAUCUUUUGGAAGACUCACAAGCUAGGGCUUCAUGUGUAGCCUGUAGACAUGUUUCAUUUAGCUUCAUUUUCAUUUCUCUCUUCUUUGUGUAUAUAUAAGUGUGUAUUUUUUUAAAGUUAUCUCUACACCCAACAUGGGCUCAGACUCAAAAACCGUGAGAUCAGGAGUCACAUGCUCUACUGACUGAGCCAGCCAGGUACCCCUUAGUAUGUAUUUUUUUAAUUUGAAUGCUUUUGUAUGAGGUACACACUGUCACUGCCCCAUAAUGUGCCCCCGACACACACACAGAGACACACACAGAACACUACUGUGGUAGUUCUACCACUUCUCAGAUUUACUUGACAUACCUGGGCUCUGAGUCAUUGACUGCUGGGUUCACAAGGUAUAAUGGGGAACAAAAUAUAUGUCUCUGUAUUCGUGAAGCUUACAGACUAGUGAGGGAGAUGGAUUUUAAUCCAAUGGCCACAGAAACAUGUAACAGUUCGGCUAAGUACAGGGAACUAGAAGCACAUAAUGUAGCAGGGACCAUUAAGGGGGUCAGAGGAGGCUUUCUUGAGGGUGACAUUUUAACCUAUGGUCACACAGAUGCACAGUUAAUUAGGCAGUGGUUCCAGGAAGUGUUUCCAAGCAGGGGGCACAGCAUGGGUGCAUGCAUUGUGUAGACCCCCACGUGUGGAUGGAAUCCGAGUCUCAGGAUGGAGCAGAGGCAGAGCUGAGCUGGGAGUGCUGCUUGUGACUCCCCAAGUACACACCGGCCCUCUCGCAUGCUCCCCUUGUAACAUCUAGGCCCAGCUCUGCCUAGGCCGGGGCACAGAGAGGGGAGGGCUGCAUGCACCACCCUUGCCGAACUGCUGAACAUCCCAAGGUGCCAGAUAGCUUCCAGACUUUCUGACCCCACAGACAAGGCCCCCAAAGCUAGUGCAGGGAAAGCUCAGGGGGAGAAUCGUCUGGCCUGCAUCCAUCACCAGGUUAUGUGUUGUCCUGGCAGAAAAGCGACAACUCGCUUCCACUCCCAUGUGUCAAAACCAUUAUGCAAAUAAAGAGGUUGGGUCCAGA